AUGAGUAUGCCAAACCCCACCGCCAAAUACCACAACAACCCUACACCUGUGGUUGAUCCUACGCAAAAGCAUCUUUCGGUAGCUGGCAAAACAGUUCUCGUCACAGGAGGUGGCACAGCUAUUGGAGCUGCAACUGUGGAAGCCUUUGCGAAAGCCAAAGCCGACCACGUCUUCUUCGUUGGAAGACGACUCAAUCUUCUUCAGGCUGUUGAGCAACGGACCAAAUUUCACGCCCUCCAAACUGACAUUUCCAAAGAGAAUGAAGUCAAGGCUUUGUUCGAAACUAUCAACAAGACCAGCUUUCUCGACAUUUUAGUCGCCAACGCUGCAUACCUCUCUUUACCCGGUAAACUCGCCACUACCGAAACAGACGAAUGGUGGAAGGGAUAUGAAAUCAAUGUACUGGGUACCUAUCUUCUCGGGAAAUAUUUCAUCAACCAGUCAAAGCCAUCUAGGGGGAAGCCCGUGUUCAUCGGUGUGAACACUGGCGCAAUCAACGUCGGUCCCGGUUUCUCCAGUCCCAUGAGUGGCUAUGUGUCCUCCAAGAUGGCUGCUGCUUCGGUGGUAGAGUUCCUCCAGCAGGAGUACCCGAACAUCAAGGCAUUUAACGUUAGCCCUGGCAUGGUUCAGAGUGAGAUCGCCGACAAGUCCAAUACGCCACAGUUCCCGCCAACGGACUCACCCGAGUUGAUGGCCAACUUUGCAGUCUGGCUUGCUAGCCCCGAAUCAGACUUCCUCGCCGGUCGUUUCAUCUGGGCCAAUUGGGAUGUGGAAGGAUUGCUUGCGGCCAAAGAGAAGAUCCUGGCGAACCCGGGACAAUUGAAGCUAAAUAUCGACGGCUGGGAGAGCAACUUUGCUGCCCUCAAGUAAAUAGAUACAGGAGAUGAUUCAACUCUAUGU